AUGCUGCCCGGUACGGGCCCAUUGCGCGCCGGAUUGGCCCAUCCAUUUCCCCGUUCGUUCCGACCGUUCAUUUGCAUCCCCUUUCCUUCCGCUGGCGCGAGGGACGGGAUAAUGGCGGCAGCGUGCUCCCUCUCCCCCCUCCCUCUCGCGCCGCCUGUGGCACCCAGGCCAGCGCUCUUCUCGAGGUGCGUCGCUGCUCCGCGCCGUGGUAGGAAUGCCGGGGGAGGCACCGGGCGCUUGCGCCUCGCCAGGAGGCUGCGCCCGCCUGCCGCCGCCAUCGAAGAGGUGGAGCAGACCGAGGCCAUGAUGAGGGUGGCUGCGGACGACGAUAGCAUCACCGCCACCGUGGUGUCGGUGCUGCUCACGGUCUCGUUCGUCGGCCUCUCCCUCCUCACCAUCGGGGUGAUCUAUCUGGCGGUGCAGGACUUCUUGCAGAAGAGGGAGAGCGAGAAGUUUGAGAGGGAGGAAGCUGAGAGACAGAAAGAGGAGGCGAGGCAGAAGAGGGCCAAAGCGAGGGGAAAGAAAAGAAAUCGACGAUGA